AUGGAUAUUUUCCUGGACAUUCUUGAUACAUUGGUCCUCGAUUGGUGCUACGCAUUAGUCUCGCCGGACCCAGCGACAAUUUCUAAUAAUGAUAGCCUAGCCACUGCCAAUUUGAACCGACAUGUCCGGCUUUAUUACCCCAUGCAGCCCUCAAAGUGGGCAGAGGCAAGCCUUUGGAAGAGAGAUGACAUUGCCAGACAAGCCUUGUCGUUAUACUUGAUUACAUGGCUUUUCGCAAUGAUAAUGUACCUCCUUGGUAGCCUCCUACUAUACCACACACUAUUCGACAAGAGACUACUCCAGCACCCGCGAUUCCUCCCAAAUCAGACCAAACUCGAGAUCAACCAAGGCAUCUCCGCCAUUCCCGUGAUGGCCCUCCUCACUGUCCCUUUUUUUCUAGCAGAGAUCCGGGGAUGGUCAAAGCUAUAUGAUUUCACCAGCGACUCUCCGUUCUUCGGAUACACCUUACUGCAAUAUCCGCUAUUCAUCUGUUUUACAGACAGUGGGAUUUACUGGAUACACCGUGCUCUGCAUCACCCUCGCAUCUACCGCUGGCUUCACAAACCACACCAUAAAUGGGCUGUACCGACGCCGUUCGCCAGUUAUGCGUUUCAUCCUUUGGAUGGAUGGUCGCAGAGUCUCCCCUACCAUGUUUACCCGUUGGUUUUUCCAUUGCAGAAAGGUGCAUAUCUGGGGCUGUUUAUUUUUGUCACGAUGUGGACGGUGCUGAUUCAUGAUGCCGAGUACAUGCCAACAUCGGAGGUAAUUAACGGCGCUUCUUGUCAUACGAUGCAUCACUUGCACUUCAACUACAAUUAUGGCCAGUUUACAACAACAUGGGAUCGCCUUGCAGGAACAUACCGAAAACCCCAAGGAGAUAGCUUUAUGCAAAGCCAGCGGAUGGAUGGGAAAGAGACACCUGGAGACAAGUGUGAUUGA